AUGAAUGAAGAUCUUCCUAAAACUAGUCAGGGGAUUAGUAGACUAUUGAGAUCCAAAACCAUUGAGAUUGAUGAGCUUGUGUCAAUUAUUAACAGUAAUGUUUUCCAAAAUGAAAUAUAUUUCCCUAAUAAAUAUUUAUUUGUUUUAGAAUUAAUUAUUGAUAGGUGGAACGAUGACAAAAAUAGUGCCUUUAAAAAAACCCCAAUGAUCUGGGAAUCCUUUAAUAAAUUCUGGCUUUAUGCUUUUUACAGUAAAGGUAAUAUUAAUACCAACAAUAAAAUGGUAAAGCUAUUUAACAAGUUGAAAAUCUUUAACAUUUUCACAAAUUUUUUCAGUCUUAUCGAAAAUAAUAAAGAUGAUCAUGAUUACAAUGAUAAUGAUAAUACACCAUUAUUAGCAGCUGUGGAUGAUUUUUUAUCAACAAUGUUAAAAUCAUCAAUCACAUUUGAUAUGACACCAGAUCAAUGUUUCAAGUUGUUAACGCAAGCCAUUGUCAGUCUCAACACACCAAACAAUACAAACUUGUCAAUAUUACCAAAGUUAUUAAAAUUAAUGGAUUUUAACUCAAAAGCUGAACAAAAUAGAUUUGCCAUUUAUUUAUCCAAAAACUUUUAUGUUUUUAACGAAUAUCUACUUUAUAUCGAGCGGCACACAAAGGGUGAUAAUAUCACUGAUAAUUUGAUUUACAAUAUGCUUUGUGAUUUUGUCUUUAAUAGUGAAUUUAGUCACAAAUUAAUCGAAAAUUUACUGAACGAUAAUAAUAAAAUAAAUGGAAUUGCCAUUACCCAAAAUACCACCUCAAUUUUUUUCCGUUUAAUCAUUGAGCAACAACCUAAGUUUACCCAACCCGUUUUUUCUAAAAUCACCUCAGUUUACCCUAAUGUAGCUACUAAGUUUUUAAAAACCUUGAUUGGUUUUACUCGUAAGAAAUUAUUAUCACAAGAUUUGUUAAACAAUUUAUUUCAGCAAAAUAUCAAUAGGAUCACUGAGUGUUGGGAUUUAAUUGAUUUGCUGUUGCAGUUGGAUAUUGAAGUCGGAAUUUCUAACACAAUGAAAAUUUUUGAAGUUUUAGAAAAAAAUGGGAGUGGUGUCAAUGAAUCAAAUGGUAUCACAAUUUGGAAACGUUUAAUACAAUGCCAUGUCAAUGCUAGAGAAUUUAAUCUUUUUAUUUUAGAUAAAUGGAUUGUAUAUUUAGAAAAAGAAAGGAACUUCGAAUCUAUAUUUUUCACUUCAACACACUACACAAGUAUAAUUGAGUCGGAAGUAAAAACUUUAUCAGCAAGCCAACUGUCAGAUAUACUAGAAAAGGUGAGCAAUGCUGCAUCUUUUGACGUCAGAUAUAGUAACAAGUUAUUGACUUUUAUUAUCAGGGGGUUAAACAAUCCCAUUAGUGGUGAUAUUAUUAUGAAAACACCUCAAUUAUCCUCGAAGUUACAUAUGUUGAUUGGUAGUCAAUAUACCGGCAGUAAUAAUGAUAUCGAACUCACUUAUUAUUUGUUAGAAGUGUAUUAUAGUAAUUUUGAUGCUGUCAAUGAUUUAAAUUUUUUAAACAAAUUGUUUGAUAAAAUUAUUAGCAGCGGUAAGCACAACGAAAUAUAUUUUUAUACCUUGUUUAAAUUACAAGAAUUGUUCGAAAUUGAAAAUUUCAAUAAAUUAGUAAUUGUCCCAUUCACAAGUUAUAUCAAACAUAGAAAAAACACCUUUCAAAGUUUUGAACAACUUUUCACACGUUGGAGUUCUUUAAUUAACUCUAUGUUUAAUAAAUCACAAUUGAACGAUUUAAUUGCUAUUCUUGUUAAUGACUACCCCGAUAUUUUGUUAAAUAUUGCUUCAAACGCACAGAUAAAAGAUGAUUUUUUUGAAGAAAAUGAAAUUAUAUAUAAUAUCAUUACUCAAUCGACACAAAAAAUUGUAACUGACAACAACAUCAACAACAUCACCAAAUAUAUCGAGUUUAUUAGCAUGGUUCCAUUGGAGUGUAUCUAUAAAAACACACGUGUGGAAUUGAUCAAUUUUAUGACUAGCAAAUUUGUACAAAGCAAUAAUAAUGAUAAUACUUUGUUGAAGAAUACCAUUUGUUAUUUAUUGCAUAAAAAUCCCACUUUUAAAACACAUAUUGAAUCCGAUUUUGGAAAAUUGUUGGAAACGAUUUCCAUAAAUAGUGACUCUAAUUUUGGUAUUGAUUGUAGUAUUUUUAGUAUUGGGUGGAAUAAUUAUUUAAUUCAACAUAAAGAACAUAUGUCCUUCAUAAAUAAAGCGUUAAUUUAUCUCAUCGAUGGUAUCGACACAAACGAUUUGUGUUUAUACGGAUCAUUAGUUGUUUUACAAAAAUCAAAGGAACUUGAAAUCAAAAAUAAGGAAUAUUGUGAUAAUAUUAAGCUAUUGAGAAAUGAAUUUUUGAGAAAAACCAUUGCUUUAGUGAAAAAAGUUGAACAAAACCGUGUUUCCUGGUGCAUAAACUCCAUUUACGCUGUUAUUAAGAACACCACUAGCAACUACGAUUACAAAUCAUUAUUAUUAGAAUUUUUUGAUAAAGAAAGUGAGAAUGGUUUUACCUCUACUAUCAAUGAUUUGAUUGCUGCUUACCAGCCCAGUGUCAUUAUUGAUAUAUUUAAAUUAUAUUCUUUAAUUUGUCCCGCAGAAAAUUAUACUAUUUUUUUUGCCCACUUCCUUGCUUUAACUAACUCGUCAGGUGUUGAUAUGCCAGAGGAUUCUUUUGUCGAGCCACUGACUGAUUUUAUUGUUUCUAAACUUACUUCCAAGCCUGAUAUUUUUAUUAAAGCAUUUAAGGAAACUGCUAUUGAUAAUUUGUAUCCAAAUAAUGAAUAUUUAGGUAGCAUAUUACAAAUUUACCAAAUUUUUCUAGCACAUUUAGUCAAAAAUGCUGAAAUAGUUGGAAUAUUUAAAAAGUCAAUAAGCAAUCUAAUUUUAAUUACACAUAAUGAUGCUAGUUAUUCUAAUACCAGAAAAAUUAUAAUGAUCAUAUCUAAUUUAAAAAAAUUACUGAACUUAUCCCCAUGGCUAUUUGAUCAAUACUGUAUUGAAAAAUUGUUUCCAUUGUGCGUGAAAAUUUUAACAGUUACCUAUGAUAAUGCUUUAAUACAUACCUCUAUUGAAGCUACCACAUUACUUUUCUCGUCGGUUUUAAAUUUCCAUAGAUAUAAAUUGAGCAAUCGUCAUAAUCUCGUUAAUCAGAUUAUGUGUUUUUAUUUAGAAAUCUUGAGCGGGAAAAAUAAUCUAUGGGUUAACAAAACGGAUGCGAUGUGCGUUUCCAGAUUAAUUAUGAAUUAUUGUGAACCAAAUAUAUCCUUUAAUUCUAAUAAUAAUAAUAAUAAUAAUAAUAAUGGAUUAAAUUCUAAAUUUACAAUAAUUAAAAACAAUUUGAGACGUAAUUUAUAUCCCAUUUUAUUAACUUAUAUUUACCUUUGCGUUAAUAAACCAUGGAAAGAUGUUGUUAGGCAAGAAUUGAUUAAAGCUGUAUACACAGUGUUUGAUGUUUUAUCUCAUGAUGAAUUGACCAUGAUUAACGCUAAUUUAGAUUAUUCUGGUAAAGCUUAUUUUAAAAAUCUUUAUGAAGAUUAUAAAGUUUCAGGGAAAUGGAAGGAUGAUUAA